UGUCGUUUUUUCACUUUAUAAAUACCCAAUUCUUCGGCCACUUUGCUUUUAUUUUCUGAUAUCUCCUUCCUCUUCUGCUAAGUGGAAAACGAGAGGGAAAGAAAAAGAAAGGAAAAAAAAGUUUUCGAGGGCUAGCUCAAAAAUCUGUUGUGUCCUUAAUUAUAUUCUCCUUUUGUUUUCUCACCAGGUUGCAAAACAUGGCUUUUCCAAACCCAUCCAUGUCAGUUUCUCCACAGAGGAAGAUGGGAAGGGGGAAGAUUGAGAUCAAGCGGAUUGAGAACACUACCAAUCGCCAAGUCACUUUCUGCAAGCGCAGAAACGGCUUGCUCAAGAAAGCAUAUGAAUUAUCUGUGCUUUGUGAUGCAGAGGUUGCUCUAAUCGUCUUCUCUAGCCGUGGCCGUCUCUAUGAAUAUGCUAAUAACAGUGUCAAAGAAACUAUUGAGAGGUACAAAAAAGCAUGUUCAGAUUCGUCUGCUGGAUCUGCUUCUGAGGCUAAUGCUCAGUUUUACCAGCAAGAAGCAGAUAAACUUCGUGCACAAAUAAGUAGCCUGCAGAAUAACAACAGGCAAAUGAUGGGUGAGUCUUUGGGCUCUAUGAAUACCAAGGAUCUCAAAAACCUGGAGAGUAAACUAGAAAAAGGAAUUAGUAGGAUUCGUUCAAAAAAGAACGAGCUGCUAUUUGCUGAAAUUGAGUACAUGCAGAAGAGGGAGAUAGACUUGCACAACAACAACCAGCUUCUUCGAGCGAAGAUAGCUGAAAGUGAGAGGAGCCACAAUAUGGGUGUGUUGCCUGGAGGCACAAGCUAUGACUCUAUGCAGUCUCAGCAGCCAUUUGACUCUCGUGGUUACUUCCAAGUCACUGGAUUACAACCCAAUAGUCAGUAUGCCCGACAAGAUCAGAUGUCCCUUCAAUUAGUAUGAAGUGUUAGUGUUGAGAGUUGAGAUAUGUUCUGCUACUUGUAGUUUGCCUUCUAGUAUGAUAGGAGAUGAAUGCUAAGGGUAAUGUAAGCAGAAGCAUGUGUAGGGGAUUUAAGCAUCCCUCAGUACUAUAUAUAUGUAAUGCCUUUCUAGACUUUCUCUAAGACUAUCCUGUAUCUAUUGUCAAACUCUCUCUCGUAUAUGUUAGUAUGUCUCCUAACACUAUGGAGAACACAUCUU